CCUCCUCUGUGUGUUGACUGUUGUUACAUCCAUCAAUCUAGCGGCAAGCUGCACUGACCAUUGAAAAGGAAUAAAUCAGAGUUUUCGCACAUUUUCAAUUCUAUAGUUGACGUUAAGUUGUGUGUGUUCAAGAAGGAUUAAAAGUUUUAUCGCUGUUUGGAUUGUAGUGGAUUCGCGUAGGAAACCUUCAACAUGCCUGCUAGAGAACCAGACGCAACCAAUGGCUACAGCCAUUCCUACGCCGAAGACAUCGUCAUAUCCGGUUUAUCAGGACGAUUCCCGGAAAGCAACAACGUCGAAGAAUUCAGGCAGCAACUAUUCGACGGCGUGGACAUGAUAACAGAUGACGAGCGAAGAUGGCCUGCCGGCUUGCACGGUCUCCCGACCAGAACAGGAAAGCUGAAGGACUUGGCGCACUUUGACGCCCAAUAUUUCGGCGUGCACGCCAAACAGGCAGAACAAAUGGACCCCCAACUACGGAUCUUACUAGAACUCACACACGAAGCCCUUGUAGAUGCCGGACUCAAUCCAGCUGAGAUGAGGGGAUCAAAAUGUGGCGUUUACUUGGGGAUUUGCGCCAGCGAAUCAGAAGAAUAUUGGGGCCAAGACCCUGACAAGAUCAACGGUUACGGUCUAACCGGUUGCUGUAGGGCCAUGUUCGCGAACAGAAUCUCUUACACUUUCGACUUCAAAGGACCAAGUUACGCGGUCGACACUGCUUGUUCUAGUAGUUUAUACGCUCUCUCACAGGCUAUCGGUGCUAUUAGGUCUGGAGAAUGCGAUUCCGCCAUUGUAGGUGGCGCUAAUUUAUUGUUGAAACCAAAUGGAUCCCUACAGUUCCACAGACUGAGUAUGUUAAGUCCACAGGGUAUGUGCAAGGCUUUCGAUUCAUCGGGAAAUGGAUACGUGAGGUCUGAGGCAGUCGUUGCUAUCCUCCUACAAAAAGCCAGCGCGGCUAGAAGAGUUUACGCGACAGUUCUAGGCGCUAAAACGAACAUGGACGGUUACAAAGAACAAGGAAUCACAUUCCCCUCCGGUAAAAUGCAACAGAAACUCAUCAGCGAAGUUUACGCAGAAACUGGCGUCAAUCCUUUGGACGUAAACUAUAUAGAAGCCCACGGAACAGGAACCAAAGUAGGAGAUCCCCAAGAAGUUAAUUCGAUUGCAGAUUUCUUCUGUAAGAAUCGCAAAGAGCCACUACUCAUAGGCUCGGUAAAAAGUAACAUGGGGCAUUCUGAAGGUGCAUCUGCUCUAUGUUCUAUCGCCAAAAUUUUAAUAGCGAUGGAAGCUGGUAUCAUUCCCGCCAACUUACAUUUCCAAAAUCCCAAUCCAGACAUUCCCGGUCUAACAGAUGGACGUUUGAAGGUUGUCUCCAAAGCCCAACCCUGGAAAGGCGGAAUUGUAGCAGUUAAUUCCUUUGGUUUCGGCGGUGCAAAUGCUCACGUCAUUCUCCGCUCUAAUCCAAAGCCAAAAACAAAGUGGCCUGCUGCUAGUGUUCCAAGGGUAGUAGGGGUAUCGGGAAGGAGCGAAGAAGCAGUCACAGAACUGUUAGAUUUAACUGAAAAGCACAAAGACGACGAAGAGUUCUUGGCACUAGUCGAUCACAUCCAUAGAAUGAACAUCGCUGGUCACAAUUAUAGAGGUUAUGCCGUAUUGGAUGGAUCUGGAACCAGAGAGGUGAACCAAGUAUCUUCAGAUAAAAGACCCAUAUGGUUCGUAUUCUCUGGGAUGGGUUCACAGUGGCCAGGCAUGGCUAAGGACCUAAUGAAGAUCGACGUAUUCAGGAAUUCAAUCAAUAGGAGUGCCGACCUCUUGAAACCUCAUGGUAUCAAUUUGGAUGAUCUCCUAACCAAUGGUACGGAAGCCACAUUCAACAACGUCCUCAAUUCCUUUGUUUCUAUUGCUGCUGUCCAAAUUGCACUUACGGAAAUACUUAAAGCACUCAAAAUAGAACCUGAUGGUAUAUUGGGUCAUUCUGUGGGUGAAGUAGGAUGUGCAUACGCUGAUGGAACAUUUACAGCUGAGCAGGCAGUACUUUGUGCGUUAGCUAGGGGUAGAGCUAUCUUAGACAGCAAAUUAGCACCAGGCGCUAUGGCUGCCGUUGGUUUGACGUGGGAAGAAGCUAAAAAAAGAUGUCCUCCUUCAAUCUACCCUGCGUGUCAUAAUAGUGAAGACAGUGUCACCAUAUCCGGACCUCCAGAAGAGAUAAGAAAGUUUGUUGCUACUCUCACUUCUGAAAAUAUUUUCGCCAAAGAAGUGAACAGUUCAGGAACUGCUUUCCAUAGUAAAUACAUAGCAGAGGCGGGACCCAAACUGCGCGCAGCCCUUGAUCAGCUCAUCCCAAACCCAAAAACUCGUACUUCUAGAUGGAUUUCUACUUCAAUUCCUGAAUCGGGCUGGAAUACACCUCUGGCACAGCAGAGCUCGGCUGCUUACCAUGUCAAUAACUUGCUGUCUCCCGUACUCUUCUACGAGGGAUUGAAACAUAUUCCAGAAAACGCUUUAGUUAUAGAAAUCGCCCCAACUGGUUUGCUGCAAGCUAUUUUGAAGAGAUCUCUAGGACCCAAAAGUGUCAACAUCAGUUUAGUUAAAAGAGGUCACAAGGAUAAUGUUAAUUUCCUCUUGUCAGCCAUAGGAAAAAUUUACGCUGCAGGGGCUCAACCAAAUUUUAGUGAAGUAUAUCAGUCGCCUAGUUUUCCAGUUGGUAGAGGCACACCGAUGCUUUCAUCGCACGUCAAAUGGGACCAUUCCACUGAAUGGGCUGUGGCAAAUUUCUCUGGCAGAGGUUCGAAAUCUGGAGAGUUGGUGGUGGAUAUUGAUUUGAGCAAAGAUACCGACCAAUUCUUAGCUGGUCACACCAUUGAUGGAAGAGUCCUAUUUCCUGCCACUGGAUACUUGACAUUAGUUUGGAAAACGUUCGCCAAACUUAGAAACGAAGACUUCGAACAGAUGGCAGUUGUACUAGAAGAUGUAAACUUCCACAGAGCGACCAUUAUGCCAAAGGAAGGAAGCGUGAAGUUCUUGAUAAAUAUUUUCGAAGGUUCUGGCGCUUUCGAACUGUGCGAAGGAGGUUCGGUGGCUGUUUCUGGAAAGAUAAGAGUUCCAGAAGAUAUGGACAAAGAAAUGCUUGACUUGCCCAAACCCGAAAUGAAAGGUGACAAAACAGCUCUUCCACUUGAGAUGAAAGACAUUUAUAAGGAAUUGCGACUUCGUGGUUAUGAUUAUGAAGGUUUAUUCAAAGGCAUCAAGGAAUCCGAUAAUUACGGAGUUGUUGGUGAAUUAUUGUGGAAAGAAAAUUGGAUAAGCUAUAUUGACACAAUGUUGCAAUUCUCAAUUCUUGGUUUGAAUACUAGAGAGUUAUACCUUCCCACUAGAUUGCAAAGAGCAAUUAUCAACCCUAAAAAACAUUUGGAAAUGAUUAAAUCGUUAUCAGAAGACGAAAAGAGCACUCCAGUUCAUAUGUACAGAAACAUUGGCAUAAUAAAAGCUGGUGGUAUUGAACUGAGAGGCAUGAAAGCUAGUUUGGCUCCAAGGAGACAAGUACAAGAAGAUCCGAAGUUAGAGAAGUAUAUGUUCGUGCCUUAUGAAAAUAACCAGAUGUUGACCGACAAUCAGGAAAGAGUCAAGAAAGAUGUACUUACAGUUUUAGCAGAAACUAUUUUGGAAAAUUCUUCAGGUGCAAUGAAAAUUAAAUUGACUGAGGCAGUUGUUGAUCGUCCGGUAGAAUCAGUUUUAGCACCGAUGAUCAAGAAUAUUUUGGAAAAAGAACCUUUGAUAGCAGUUGAAGCAACCGUCGUAACCGUUGGUCCAGUUGACACAACUGUACUAGAAGAGAAUGAUAUCAAACAUGUCCAGAAAGACAUCCUGGUCGACCCAGUUGAUCAGAAUGUCCAUGUGGUUAUAAGUAGUGACUUAUUAACACAUAACAACUACAAAGUUUUAGAAAACGCUGUAAGUGCCCUUAAAGAAGGAGGAUUUAUACUUCUUGAAGAACCGAAGAUGCAGCUGAAUAUUAAAAAAUUGACUUCGAUGGACCUCCAAGUUAUAAGCACUCAGUUAACUGAUACCAAGUUGUAUAUUCUCCUCAGGAAAACAACUCAAGUUCCUAAGGAUGCUCUUGUGAUAAAAGUAACUGAAUCGAACUUCUCCUGGGUAGAACCACUAAAAGAUGCAAUGAAAAAGAGCGAAGCUGAAGGUACCAGGAUAUAUCUAUUCGCACAGGGUGAAGAAACAACCGGUUUGAUUGGUAUGGUUAAUUGUUUAAAACAAGAACCAGGCGGUGGAAACUUAAGAUCAAUCUUCAUUCAAGACAAGAAUGCCGCACCUUUCUCUUUGAAUGAUUACAGCAAGCAAUUGCAGAAAGAUCUGAUUCAUAAUGUACUGAAGAGAGGCGUUUGGGGUUGUUAUAGACAUAUAGCAUUGGACCAUGUUAAUGAAACGCAGAAUCUUCAAGUUACCCAUGCGUAUAUCAACACUCUAACACGUGGUGAUUUGGCAAGUUUGAGAUGGAUCGAAAGUGAACUCUCAUUCCACAAGGGAGACGAUUCAAAAACAGAAAUGUGCCAUGUCUACUACGCGCCUCUCAACUUCCGAGAUAUUAUGUUGGCUACGGGGAAACUACCACCAGAUGCUCUUCCUGGUAAUCUUGCGGGACAAGAAUGUAUUCUAGGUUUAGAAUUUUCCGGACGUAACUCCAAAGGGAAACGUGUUAUGGGUAUGGUUGACGCUAAGGGUUUGGCAACAACUGUGCUGUCUGAUCAAAUGUUCUUGUGGGAAGUUCCUGAAAAGUGGAGUCUCGAAGAAGCUUCCACCAUUCCAAUCGUGUAUGGAACUAGCUACUAUGCCUUGAUUGUGAGAGGUAACCUCAAACCUGGUGAAUCCGUGCUAAUCCACGCUGGUACAGGUGGUGUAGGACAAGCCUCAAUCGCUAUUGCUUUGCAUAUGGGGUGUAAAGUCUUCACCACAGUCGGAAGUCAAGCAAAACGAGAUUUUUUGAAGAAAACAUUCCCGCAACUAACAGACAGGAAUAUUGGUAAUUCCAGAGAUUCUACAUUUGAACAGUUGGUUCUUUCUGAAACAGAUGGCAGGGGAGUCGAUGUUGUCCUGAACUCCCUCGCGGGAGACUUGUUGCAAGCUUCCGUUCGAUGCUUAGCCAAGAAUGGAAGGUUCUUAGAAAUAGGAAAAGUUGACCUGUCCAACAAUUCCCCAUUGGGGAUGAGCAUUCUGUUGAAGAACACUGCAGUUCAUGGUAUUUUAUUGGAUGCCCUUUUCGAUUUUGACACCGAGGACAAGAGAGAAGUCAAGAGAUUGCUCUCUGAAGGUAUUGCAAACGGAGCUGUCCGUCCUUUACCGUCGACAGUGUACAAUGACAAUCAAAUAGAACAAGCCUUCAGGUAUAUGGCGUCUGGUAAACAUAUUGGUAAAGUUGUCUUGAAAAUCAGAGAUGAAGAGUGCCGCCAAACAUUGAUACCAAAGCCAAGAACGGUGCCGGCUAUACCGAGAACUUAUAUGAACCCUGAAAAGACUUAUGUCCUUGUUGGUGGUUUGGGUGGUUUCGGUCUAGAAUUAGCGAAUUGGUUGGUGAAUAGAGGAGCUACAAAUAUCGUUCUCACCUCGAGAAGCGGCCUUAAAACAGGUUAUCAGUCUUUGUGUAUCAGGAGAUGGAAAGAGAAGGGCGUCAACGUUCUUGUAUCAACAGAAGAUGCUUCUACGGAACAAGGAGCUAAGAAAUUGAUGGAACAAGCAAACUCACUUGGUCCUGUUGGAGGAAUCUUCAACUUAGCUGCUGUUUUGAGAGACGCCAUGAUGGAGAACCAAACGGAGGCUGAUUUCAAGACUGUUUUUAAACCGAAAGUGGAAGGCAGCAAACAAUUAGAUAUUGUCUCAAGGAAUAUGGCUCCCCAAUUAGAUUUUUUCGUUAACUUCUCAUCCGUCUCUUGUGGUCGUGGUAAUGCGGGCCAGGCCAAUUAUGGCCUAGCCAAUUCGGCUAUGGAACGUAUUUGCGAAAUAAGACAAGAACUUGGACUACCAGCUGUUGCUAUUCAAUGGGGAGCCAUCGGUGAUGUGGGUUUGAUUCUGGAUACCAUGGGCGGAAAUGAUACGGAAGUAGGUGGUACGUUGCCACAGAGGAUGUCAUCGUGCUUGGCAACCAUGGAUAUCUUCUUGCAACAACCCAAUCCAGUUGUGGCUAGUAUGGUGCUAGCAGAGAAACAUAAGUCCAAAGGUGAUGGCAGCAAAGUAAGCUUAAUAGAUUCUAUUGCAAAUAUUCUGGGACUAAAAGAUACUUCAAAUGUCCCAACUGGAACUACCUUAGCUGAACUUGGAAUGGACUCAUUAAUGGGAGCUGAAAUCAAACAAACCUUAGAGCGAAACCAUGACAUCGUUAUGAGUGCCCAAGAAAUAAGAACUCUCACCUUUGGUAAACUGGCCGAACUUGAAGGAGGUGCCAAGAUGUCUGAAACCGGAAGUGAUAAAACAGCGAAAAAAGAUGAACAGGUCCAAUAUGGUGCGAUAGAAUUAAUGCCAACUAAGACAUUGGUGUCUAUGUCUGAUAAAAAUGUGGAUAAGAACAAACUUCCAGUAUUCAUGGUCCAUCCUAUCGAAGGAAGUGUUAACGCCUUGGAAUCGUUCGCUAAGCUUAUCAAAGUUCCUGUUUAUGGCUUACAGUGCACUAGAGAUGCUCCUCUGAGUAGCAUAGAGGCUUUAUCGGCUUACUACAUAAAACAAAUCAAGUCUGUUCAACCGAAGGGGCCGUACUCAAUUGUAGGUUAUUCGUUUGGAGCCUGCGUAGCUUUUGAAAUUGGAACACAAUUGGAAAAUGAUGGACAAAAGGUUAAGCUAUGGUUAAUUGAUGGUUCCCCAGCAUAUGUGGCUAUACACACUGGGAAGGCUAGAGAUACCAAAUCGUUGAGAGGAAAUGCCACUGCGGAAGAGAGCGAAGCGUUGGUUUAUUUCAUAAUGCAAUUCAAGGACAUUGAUCAACAAAAGACUGUGGCAGAAUUGAUGCAAUUAAAGUCUUGGGAAGAGCGGUUAGCAAGAAUUACGAAAAUUUUGGCUGGAUCCACUCCUUUCUCAGAAGAGGAACUUUCUUCGGCUGCUUCUAGCUUCUUCAAUAAAUUAGUUGCUGCUGAUAAAUAUAAACCAAAAUCUAAAUUCACUGGACAAGUUACCUUGUUGAAAGCCACAGAUAACUACGUCCAACUUGGAGAAGAUUAUGGUUUAUCAGAGGUGUGCAAGCAGAAAGUAAGAAUAGAUUCUUUAGAAGGCAGCCAUAGAUCCAUUCUGCUGGGACCAACUGCUGAGAAAAUCGCAAAUAUUCUACAACCGGUCUUGUAGAUUUUGUAAAUGUGUCAUGACUCACAUUUCAUAGAAUUCAUCACUCAUUAUUUUUUGUCAUUUUUUUAGAAAUUUAUUUUUGUAAUUUAUUGUGAUUGAUAGUGAUAAUAGAUAAGACUCACAUUCAAAAGGUGUAAAAAUUUAUUUAUUCAAAUUGAACUGAUAGUUCAAUGCCUUAUUGGUAGGGUGUUUCAGUAGUUCGAAGCACAAUUGAUUAGAAUAUAAAAUGUUCCUUGAAAACUGUAUGUGUACAUAUUUACUUCUAAGAUGGAAUAAAAUUUUCAAAUAAA